AUGACGGUUACAUGGCCGUUAAUGGUGGAAUGGCGCAAAUCCGGUGACCAAGCUGUAAAGGAGUCGAAGCCCAAAGGCUUGGCGAUUUCAGUUCAGCGGAGGACGACAACAAGAGGGCGGAAGGUCCCAGUCCUUAAGGAUUUGAUGAGCAGCGAUGGAAUUUUUAAAAAUCUCCAAUAUCAAGAUCGAGGUUAUGAUGAGCCAGAAGAUGAGGCAACUUUGUCUCAAGCCGAAAAAGAUGUUUUACAAGCCAUGAGAAAGAAGGACCAAAAGGCGGUGAUGACCAUCCAUCAAUGUUUGGAUGAUGGAAUGCUACAAAGAGUUGCUAGUGCAGAAAAUGCAAAGCAACUAUGGGAGAUUCUUCAAAAUUCCUUCCAAGGAGUUGAUAAAGUGAAGAAGGUUCGCCUCCAAACGUUACGGGGUGAAUUUGAAGCAUUGCAUAUGAAGGAAUCUGAAUCAAUUUCAGAUUAUAUUUCGAGGGUCCUGGCUAUUGUAAAUCAACUAAGGAGAUAUGGCGAAACCACCAUGACUGAUACAAGGGUCGUUGAAAAGAUCCUUCGGUCGUUGGAUUCCAAAUUCAACUACAUUGUUGUAGCCAUUGAAGAGUCAAAGGAUUUGGAUUCCAUGACUGUUGAUCAACUCAUGGGUUCGUUGCAAGCUCAUGAAGAAAAGGUGGUGAAGAAACAAGAAGCAUUGGAGCAAGUGCUACAAACAAAGUUUUCGUUGAACGAAAGAGACGAAAAACAUGGAGGAAAUCAAAGGGGCCGAGGACGUGGAAAUGCACGUGGCCGAGGAAGAGGAAGAGGCCGUGGAAGAGGAGAAAGAAGCGGUCAACACACAACCAACAAUGAAGAAAAAAUCCAUGACUCACAACAAAUAAGAGGUCGUGGUAGAGGAAAUUACUCAAGGUCAUAUGGAAGGAGGUAUGAUAAGUCUCAAAUUCAAUGUUAUAAUUGUCAAAAGUAUGGUCAUUAUGCUUCGGAAUGUAGAAAUGUUGCUAACGAUGUUGAAGAAAAGGCGAAUUAUGUUGAUGAAGAAGUGGAGCCUACUUUGUUGUUAGCAUACAAAUGUGAAAGGAGUGAUCAAGAAGAUGUGUGGUAUCAGAGUUAG